GGUCACUAGUUCCAACGUUCAAAUAAGAAGUGUUCUUUUAUUAUAUAUAUUUUUUUAAAUAAAAAGCGAAAUCAGCAAUAAAGAAGCGAAAGAAGAAAUGAAGCAUGCUUAAUUCAAAUCGCCGUACCAUUGCAGCAAUGAGCUCCAAGAGAUAGCAAAUCGUUUGUCAAAUAAUGAGUCUGGUGGCGAGCCCGAGUGUUGCUUUGUCUACUCCGGCUACUGGAUAUUUCGGCGAAACAGGAGUCUACUAUGAUAGCGAAUAUUAUACAGAGAAAAACUUGCCUAAAGAAAUCGAAUAUGACUCCCAAGAAGAAGAAGAGAAGAAAGAAUCAGAUGAACCCACACUGAAGCCGCCCAAGAAUCCAUCCCUGAAGCUUCUAUGGGUCCUCUUGUCCUCCAUGUUGGCUAUCCAAGAAGCCGACUGCCAUUUUUGCCCAUCGCACAAUGGCGUGUAUCCCAACAUAAACAACUGCAAGUGCUACUACAAGUGUACCGAUGGUGUCCCCCUCCAGAAGUGGUGUCCACCCGGCCAAAAAUUUGACGUCAUGUCCAUGAGUUGUUCUUUUCCAUCGAAAACGGUCUGUGCAGGUAGUUUGGUGCACAUGUUACCAGCGAUAUUAGCGAAUUACCAGAAGCAUGGCGGCAAUGAACUGAUUCAAACUAUACCGCACCAUCAACCGGUAUUGCAUCAAGAAGGCAAUAAAGGUCAUGUUCAUAUUACGCUGAAUGUGCAGAAACCAAAUGCCGGCAACGCAGGAACUGGAGGUGGCAAUGGAGGGGCAGGAGCCGGAGGUGGCGGUGGUGGUGGAGGAGGAGGAGGCAAUAUGCAAAUGCAGGGUGGAAAUGGAGGAGGAGGAGGAGGAGGCGGUGGAGGUGGAAAUAUGCAAAUGGGAGGAAAUAUGAUGCAACUUAUGCAGAUGAUGAUGAUGAUGAUGCAACAAGGCAUGAAUGGCGGCGGUGGUGGUGGAGGAGGAGGAGGUGGUGGUGGAGGAGGUGGCGGUGGAACUGGAAAUAUGAAUAUGAAUCAACAGAUGAAGAAUAAUUAUAAUAUGAUGAUGAACAUGAAUAAUCAGCAAAAUAUGAUGAUGAAUAAUAUGAUGAACAAUAAUAUGAUGGUGAGUCAAGACAUGAAUCAACAAAACAUGAUGAAUCAAAACAUGAACCAAAAUAUGAUGAAUCAGAACAUGAACCAAGAUAUGAUGAAUCAGAACAUGAAUCAAAAUAUGAUGAAUCAGAACAUGAAUCAAAAUAUGAUGAAUCAGAACAUGAAUCAAAAUAUGAUGAACCAGAACAUGAAUCAAAAUAUGAUGAACCAGAACAUGAAUCAAAAUAUGAUGAACCAGAACAUGAAUCAAAACAUGAUGAACCAGAAUAUGAAUCAAAAUAUGAUGCAAGAUAAUGCAUGCAAACAGGAAAAAGUGUGCCGAAUUAUACGUCGCUUCAUUACAGUUUGCAAAACUGUCGAAAGAUGUGAAAAUGCAGCGCAAAUAACUGUCGGGGACUAAAUGAAAUGAUUUCGAUAUACACUGAAAAUAAAUGGUGGAGGUAUGCAGUGCUUGACAGGCUGUCCAAAGGCAAAGAAGCAAAUAACUUUAAUCUAUGAUUUUAAUUUGAAUAAAUUUCCUAUUCGUUUUAAAUUAUUUGGAUAAAUAGGUAAAUCAUGUAUGGU